AUAAACGUAAUCUUAUGCACCAGAAAAACUAGUCAAACUUAAUACUUAGUAUCGAGUCGUGCAAUUUAGUAGGCUAUACCGUCGUUCUUUCUGCUAUUCUUGGUACUAGAGCCUGGCUGGAAGAUAGGCAUAGUUUUAGCGAUAGCAGCCCAUCUUUUUAAUUAUGGGAUCGUGGGAUAAAGUGGUAAUAGUAUUUCUUCUGACUUGUUACACAUCUGUACAAGCUGACUCGGAAAAGGACGAAAGUAGCGUGAAUCAAGGGGCCGAAUGCAGUGUAACAGAAUGUGAACAAUUACGAAAGCGAAUUGAAAUUUUAGAAGCAGCCGUAAGAGGCAUUAUUUCUGCCAUGGCAAGUCAAAAGACAGGGCAAUUGGCUUCCGUUAACAAAAUAAUGGAGCGCGACAUUGCAUUACGUACUAUUGUAUCAUUGUCCUCUACUGGCAAGGAUGUUACCAAAAACGGGACUGUUCGAUAUGAUAAAGAAGAAAUAGGGCAGCACGGAGAAGAGAAAAAUUAUACGAACCGCCUGAGGACCGAACUAAAAUGUUCAUUAGCUCAUUUGCUCGACAUCAACAGUUCCGUAGUGGAAAGAGAUGUCAACACGACCGGUAAAGUUCAAGCUUCUUUAGUGAAGAACAACGCACUUGAAAUCACUUGGACCCCACAUUCAACUGAAUGCCUGAAGGUUAGCUCGGGAUUAUGGCUUCGAAUUUUCGAGUCCAAUGAGAAGCAGCUCGUUUCCCCUUCAGCCGAGGCUUAUCUCCCAAUACCGUAUAAAUGCUUGAAAAAAACAAACAGUUCACAUUCCAUCGUCCUGGCUAAGCAAGCAAAAGGAGCGAAUAAGGGAAAGUCAUGUCCUUCAGAGUUGAUGAUCAGCUUGGUUCAGUGUUUGGCCUACACAGUAGAAGUGAUUCCAAAUUAUCAAUCACUGAAAGGGAGACUGUUGUCGACGGAGAUCGUUAUUUUACCAGCAGACGAUAAUUUGACAACAAGAAAUGAGUCGUUGAUAAGCCUUGUUGCCAAAUCAGAUUCGCUGGCUUUAAAAUGGAAAGACAAUUCUGGCUGUGCACCACGGCUGACUGCCGUUAAUUUAAAGAUAUUUCCCGAUGGGAAACUGGAUGCUGCAAUCGUACCGUUGUCAUUCAAUGUACCACGCAGCUGUUUUCAAUACGAAUCAGAGGAAAACGUAUUUUCCUUAUCAUUGUCAAGGGCUAACCGAUGUCCUGUUCAACUGGAGCUGAACGCAUGCAGAAAAUACACACUGGAACUACAAUCCAAAUAUCAGGAUAGGUUUGCCAGGCCAUCAACUUUAUGGGAUACCUUUACGGCUAUGCAAGAAUCGUAUCAUCAAAAUACCGAAACGUUGAACUGCACCGCUAACCAUUUCUGGUGUGACAGCGAUACACCAGAAAUACCAAUUCUUUGGGUUUGCGAUGGCGAAAGCGACUGCCCCAAUGGACAAGAUGAACGUUACUGCAAUCAUGAGUGCAACUCUGGAUUUCGACGUUGCAGACAAUGCAUACCAAUAAACCAAGUUUGUGACGCAAAAUAUGAUUGCGUUGGCGGUUCUGACGAGACGGGGCUGAACCUUGGCAAUCCUUUAAAUUGUAGCAUUUCAAGGGUUUUUUCUUCAUUCGCUUGCUAUGAACUAACGUCCCACUCUGGCCACUUGCAUGAUGGAGCAAUUGAUCAGCAACGGCUACAGUGGUCGAAAUCUAUUUUCUUGUUAUCAGCAGAAAAUGACCACACAAUAUGGUUAAGCAUUAACUCAUUCCGUACCCAUCAAAACAUUUUCCUAAAGGUUUAUGAUGGACCCUACUCCAAUAGUCCUCUUCUUUUAUCCCACAGUGGGUCUACCAAGCCCUCUUCAGUUCGAUCAUCUUCCAAUAAGUUGUACCUCGAUGUUCCAUCAUAUUCUUUCCCAGGCUUUGGAGUCGAAAUAUUCUACACAACCAUGAACAACACAGGACAACCGUUUGUUCCAGGAUGUGGAGGUUACAUCCACGAGGACGGAGAGAUUUUCUUCCGAAAUUCUUUUUCGUCUUCCGUGGCCAAUCUUACUGAUUGUGUUUGGUUUGUGGAAGCUCGUGAAAGCAACAAUACUAUCCGACUUGUGAGAGACGUGUUUUCUAUUGAUGAAAUAGCAGAAACAAGUGCCGUACCAGCUGAUCAUCUAAAUAUUGACCCAGCUUUAAUGAUAGUUUAUGAUGGAUGGGAUAUAUCUGGUCAAGUCCUGUACGAUGAACGAGUCAUACCCCGUCAGGCAAGAAAAUUAGCCGUCUACUCAAUCAGUCACAAAACGUCCGUCCAAUUUAUCAUGCCAAUGAACACAUCGGGCAAUAAAACAAAUCACUGGCACAUUUCUUCGAUUAAAGCACCCAAGCACACUAAAAUGGAUGUAGCUGCUGGAUCGACGGGAACCAUAAAAUCUUCUGGUUUUGAAGGAUAUCCGAGGGACAUUUAUAAUGACUACCUUUGGCACAUUGUCACUACACCCAAUUCAACAAUUCAGCUUCUGUUUGCCCAUUUUAGAAUCUCACAAGCAAAUUGCAUGCAGGUUUACGACGGACCAACGAUGAGAUCCAAUGUUCUCUUCGAAAAAACAGGAGAAACCACUGUGCCGUUCGUGAUUAGAUCUUCGACAAACGAAUUGCUCAUAAGAUACAUAUCGUUCUUGGGUGACGAUGUGAAUCAAACUUAUGGGUUUCUUGCCGUGUACACGAUAAUUUGAUUUACUCCCUCUCGAAGGUUUCCAACGUGAUCCUUUUCAUAAAAAUGUUUUAAUUGCACACCAUAAUACCAUAUAUUAUUUCUGAGCUGCAAAAUUUUCACACUGGGCAAACGAUCUUGGAACUUCCGCAAUAAACACAGUAGCUAUACGGUAAAACAA